AUGUGGAAAACCGGUCUUCUUCUCCUCUUUUGGGGACUAUUAACGUCUGGUGAACUCCAGCAAGAAGAAACGGAGCCAGAGCGCCGAAGUCUACCACCGUCGGGAAAGUUGGAUUUUGGUUAUGUGCCUCAGGGAGUUUACCAAACCCUCGCCUAUUACGAACCUGGAGUAAUAGGGUUACUGUUCCACAUGGUGCACGCUUUUCUAUACGUCGUGCAGCCCAACCCGUUCCCGGAAGAUCUCGUCAUCAAAGUCGCCAAGGAUAAAUUUGGAGCCAUUCAGUCGGAGUAUCAGAAGCCAGAGAACAUUGUUCUGACGCUCCAGGCCAUCUACUACGAGACAGGUUUCGUGGUGUGCGCCGUGCUCGGCCUGCUCUUCGUGGUCCUGCUGCCCCUGGUCGGCCUCUUCUUCUGCCUGUGCCGCUGCUGCGACAACUGUGGCGGCGAGAUGCACCAGCGCCAGCGGAAGAACGCAGACUGCCAACGGGGCCUGCUCACCACACUGCUCUUCGCCACCUCGCUCGUCAUCACGGCUGGAGUACUGUGUGCGUAUGCAGCUAACCAGAACCUGAGCUCUCAGCUCAAAGGCAUGAGGAGAUUGGUCAGUAGCAACCUGAGGGACCUGCAGAGUUUUACCAACGAGACGCCAACGCAAAUUGAUUACCUAAUAGCACAAUACGCCACUGCCAAGAACAAAGUCAUUUCUGACUUAGAUAAUGUGGGUCCUCUGCUUGGAGGGAAGAUUCAUGAGGAAUUGGGUAAAGAGGUCUGUCCUGCAAUGGACGGAGCGUUCAGUAUGGCUGGUGUCAAAGUGGAGAGGGCCAUUAAAGCCAUGCGGGAGACCAAAGACGCCCUGGAGAACGUGAGUAUGUCUCUGGAGGUUCUCCAGGAGGCGACAGGGAAGCUCCACUUCAACCUGAGCCUGGUGCGCUUCAGCCUCAAUAGAACCCUCAACGACCCGGGCUGCAGCGACGAGGACUCGGACGCCACCACCGCCCAGCUCUGCCGCUCCAUCCGCAGCUCCCUGGCACAGCUCCACGUCAGCGCCAACUUCACCCGGUUACCUGAUGUGAACAAUCAGCUGGAAAGUGUGAAUCAAUUGAUGAAAACGGACCUCAGCAAUAUCAUUCAAAAGGGCUACUCCUCAUUCAAUGACACUCCAGGCAUGGUGAGUGACCAGAUGAGGAACGUGGUCGAGGGAGCCCGGGGCAUGUUGGACAUCAUCGGCACCAACAUCAGCAGCUUCUCCAAGGUGUUCCCUGUACACAGCACUAUGGCCAACUUCACCAACUUCAUUAGUCACACACACUCCAAGAUAGAAGACUCCUACCCCGAGAUCGACCAGAUGGACUUCUACAGGUGGAUUUGCUGUAUUGGCCUGUGCUGCAUGGUGGUUCUCAUCCUUGCCUUCAACUUCCUGGCCAUACUGUGUGGCACCAUAGGAUAUGACAAGCACGCCUCCCCCACCACACGGGGCUGUGUCUCCAACACCGGCGGCACCCUGCUCAUGGCCGGUGUGGGCUUCAGCUUCCUCUUCUCCUGGAUACUGAUGGGAGUGGUGACCGCCACCUUUCUGGUCGGGGGCAACGUGGAGAAGCUGGUCUGCGAGCCCUUCCACACCAAGCAGCUCUUCAAGGUUUUGGACACUCCUCACCUGGUGAACCCUGAGUGGAGGAACUUCAUCCCAGGGUACAUGUACAACGACUCAGACCUGGAUCUCACAGUGGAGAGUCUCUACAGUAAUUGCAAGGAGAACAGAGGCAUUUACUCUGCCAUGCGCCUGGACAAAGUCUUCAAUGUCACAACCUUCCUAAACUCUAGCCUGUACACCAAGGAGGUGGGGAAGAUGUUUAACGAUGUGAAGAUUGACCUGAGAGUUAUCGUCCUGCUGGAGUCUGAGGGGAAGCAGAACCUCAUUGGCUUCUCUGAGACGGGCGUCGACAGGAUCAACUACGCAGCCUAUCUAGAGGAGGUUAACAAAGGGGUGACUCAGGUGGACCUACUGUCGUAUGCCAAUGAGCUCGAGGCACAAACAGACCUUAUGCCCAAGGGGCCCCUCCAGACCUCUCUAAAGGGCCACGCCAACAGUCUCCGGCAGAUCCACAGUCAGCAGGUCAUCCCUAUGGAGCAGGCCAUGAAAUAUGUUAGAGCGAGGAGUAUGCUGAACCAGAGCAUCAGACUACUGGAGAGGACGGUCUCAGACCUGCCGAACAAAGUCGCCGAUGUACUGGCGACCAUCGAAGCAGCGCAGUAUCUCAUCUCCCAGAAUGCAACACAAGUCGUCAACCAGGAAACGGAAAAGUACAAGCAAACCAUUGUUGGUUAUUUCAGGCAAUACAUAGAGUGGGUCAGGACUUCUCUGACCAUGGAGGUAGCGGCCUGCAAACCCUUCAGCAACAUCGUGGACACAGUGGAGAUCGUAGCCUGCAGCUUCUUGGUUGACUCGCUGAACACAUUCUGGUUUGGCCUAGGCUGCUGUACCCUAUUCCUCCUUCCUAGCAUCAUCCUGUCAGUAAAACUGGCAAAGUUCUACCGUAGAAUGGACACAGAGGAUGUUUACGAUGAUAUGGAAAUUGGUAAUAAUGGUUAUCAUAUUGAGCAUUUACAAGGUAUCCAAAACCCUGUAAUGACAAGUAUCCUUGCCUAUGACACUAUGACUAGGUUCCCACGGGCCUCAGCUCCCCCCAGGCAUAUUGACUGGUGAGAGAGGCCCAGGCUUUUUGACCGACUCC